AUAUGUACUCCUUAAUAAAAUCCACCGUUCUUUAAUCUUUUUUGACUCAUACUCAAAAUUGAUACAAUGUCCCCUUAUUUUUUUGGCAUAUAAUCGCACACUCGUAAACUCGCACACGCACUCGUAGUAGCACCACCACCUCCGAAGCCGUCGAAAACGCGCGCGGCGCGCCCUUACUACUCUAUCACACACACACACACAUCGCUCUGUUUUGUCCACCAUAUUUUUCUUUCUCCUCAUUUCUGUUGCAUCCAACCUAACAACAAUGGCGAAACUCACUUCAUUUUCUCUCUCCUUACUCAUUCUUCUCGAUCUUCUUCUCUGCUUCUCGCCUUUCGUUCUUUGUUUAAACAUCUCCAAUGAUUCGACGAGCUUUAUCAAUGGCGAUGUUAAUCUCACUGAAACCAAUAGUACGAAUUCUACUAAUAGUUUCGCCGACAUGUUCGAUCGUGCUUUGGAGAAGGAAUUCCCCGAAAAUGAUCAAAAUGAAGUUGCUGAUUCUGGAAGUUUUAACAACAGUGUUGCGGAGCAGCAGGCUGUUUUGGAGACAGUUGCUAGAGUGAAGUCGAAGAAAAAUGAAACAAAGGAGGAGAAAUCUUUUUUUUCUCAUCAAGUUUUCAAUCUGGACAAUGAGAAUGGACCUGAAGAAACACCUACCUUGAUAGAUAGAAAGGAUAAUGUCUUCAUUAUAUCCAAUCCAAAAUCGAAGUAUCCAAUGCUGCAGCUAGACCUUAGGUUGAUAUCAGAGCUGGUUGUUGCCAUUGUCUCUGCAACUUGUGGUGGCAUUGCAUUUGCAUGUGCUGGACAACCGGUUAUCACUGGUUAUCUGCUGGCAGGAUCUAUUAUAGGACCCGGGGGCUUCAGUUUUGUGACUGAGAUGGUACAGGUUGAGACAGUGGCUCAAUUUGGAGUAAUAUUUCUCUUAUUUGCAUUGGGCUUGGAGUUCUCUGCAUCCAAGCUUCGCGUGGUUCGAAAUGUAGCUAUUCUUGGGGGUGUAUCCCAAAUUUUUCUGUUCAUGUUCCUCUGCGGAGUAACAGCUUCACUAUGUGGUGCUAAAACAUCCGAAGGUGUCUUUGUUGGCUUAUUCCUGUCAAUGUCUUCGACUGCAGUGGUCUUGAAGUUUUUGAUGGAAAAAAAUAGUGUUAAUGCCCUUCAUGGUCAAGUCACUGUUGGAACCCUGAUUUUGCAGGAUUGUACUGUAGGUUUGCUAUUUGCUUUCUUACCAGUUCUUGGUGGUACCUCUGGCAUUCUUCAAGGAGUUAUAUCCAUGAGUAAAUCGUUCCUCACUUUAAUCUCCUUUUUGGCUAUCUUGUCAAUUUUGACUCGAACUCUUGUUCCUCGGUUUCUUAAGCUUAUGAUCAGUCUUUCUUCACAGACAAAUGAACUUUAUCAAUUGGCGUCAGUGGCUUUCUGCCUGCUUGUUGCUUGGUCUAGUGAUAAGCUGGGUCUAAGCCUUGAACUGGGAUCUUUUGCAGCUGGAGUUAUGAUUUCAACUACUGAUCUUGCUCAACAUACACUUGAACAGAUUGAGCCAAUACGGAACUUCUUUGCCGCUCUUUUUCUUGCGAGCAUCGGAAUGCUAAUUCAUGUUCAUUUCCUCUGGAGUCAUGUUGACAUUUUACUGGCAGCUGUCAUAUUAGUGAUAAUCAUAAAAACACUUGUGAUUGCUGUAGUAGUCAAAGCAUUUGGUUACAACAACAAGACCUCACUUCUUGUUGGGAUGUCAUUGGCUCAAAUUGGGGAAUUUGCUUUUGUUCUUCUUAGCCGUGCUUCCAAUUUGCAUCUGGUUGGGGGAAAAGUUUACUUACUGUUGCUUGGCACAACCGCUCUCAGUUUGGUGACUACACCAUUGCUGUUUAAGUUAAUACCUGCAGUUGUUCAUCUGGGAGUGUUGCUGCGGUGGUUUUCUCCUGACAUUUCAAGUGAGAUUGGAUUUAAAGGCGAUAGCCUUCGCUCAGACAGUGUUAAGCGUAUAGCUUUGAUCGUUCAAGGGGGGUCUCAUGAUUCAUGAUAUUAAAUAAAAACAUUGAACCAGAAAAGCAAAUUUCGGGUAUUACCUGAUGGGCUUCUUACUCUGGGGGACAGGUUCCUAAGACAGCAAAGGAGGUUGACUGACAAUCAACUUGUGCCACACUGCGCCAGUAUUGGCGUCUACUGUAUACAAACUCUCUGACAGAUUGAGAACUGAGGUAUAUGGCAAGUGAAGAAUGGAAAAUGUACAAAAAAAUACAAUUCAACUUGCCUAAGUUUCAAGCGGCUGGAAGUGUUUCCCCAUUGCGUGCAUAAUUUUUUGUAUAUUAGUGUUCAUUUUUGUAAUGUAAUUCAUUUAAUUUUUCCUGUUUCCUAACCCUUUCCUUAGUUUAGUAGAACUGCUGAUGCAGCUAUAGGAAUGUUAAUUGUAUAAUCAGAAAUCAGAGCUUAUUUUUCCUGAGCGAUCCAUACAGCACUAAAUAGAAGUGAAUGCAAAAGAAAUUUUUCGUUCUUUGUAUCUUAAAAAUCCUCAAUUCAUAGUGGAUGCAAAUUUUUCCGUGUUCA